UAUCUAUAAAUAGCAUGCCAUGCAUGCCCCUUUAUUCCUCAAACCAUUAAUUAAUUAAUUACAACCAUGCCCAUCUCCAAACACACCCAGUACCUCCUCGUACUUGCUUCCUUCCUCUUCCUUCUUCUCCUCGUCGAAGCCAAUCAUGACGACGAGGUGAAGCCCAGCGUUGAUGGUAAUAAGGGAAGCUACUACGUUCCCAAAAUGGGCUGCGGGGCGGCGUGCCGGAGCAGGUGCCGGCUGUCGUCGAGGCCGAACUUAUGCAACAGAGCGUGCGGCACGUGCUGCUCACGUUGCAAGUGCGUGCCGCCGGGAACCUCCGGCAACCAGCAACUCUGCCCCUGUUAUUACACCUUGACCACUCACGGCGGCCGCCGCAAAUGUCCUUAAGGCUUCUGCAUAUUGGAUAUUUGCGAGCAUAUAUAUAUAUCGUAUAAUUAAAUAUAUGUGUGUGUGUGUGUGGCUUUCUAUGUGUAUCGUAUAUACAAAUAUAUAUAUAUGUAUUUAUAUAUAGAAUAAGCAGAGCCACAGGUCGUCUUCUAAUCUAUGGGACAUUUUAUAGGCAAUGUAGUGUGUGUAUCUAUUCUCUGUAAAAGUUUGUGUGUUUUUAUUUUGUCUUUAUAAUGAGCAGAUGAAUCCAAUCUAUUAAAUAAUUCAUCAUCGA